GCAAAGAUCGCCAAGCGCUUUACUAACAUUAAGGGUUCGUUUACACACUGUGCUUGUACCAAUGUAACUGUCUGUAUUUGAUGUACAUCAGUAUAAGCGCAUCCACACAAUUAGACGGUUACACUGAAAAAUUAUAUAAACUGGUACAAAAACCCAGCCCUAACAAAUGAGGGCCAACAACUCCUGUGGUGUACAGCACUGUUAUCCUCGUUUAAUACAUGGGGAAACUGAGGAAUAGAAUAAGUAACUCCCCAGGGGCCCCCACACUGACCUUGGCAUUGUAUAGUCCCUGCCUCAAAGUGUUUGCAGGCUAUCCCUGCUACGCUAGCUACAAGCCCAACCUUUUCCCACGCCUCUUUAGAUCACAAAAUCCUGCACCACCCCUGGAGGGGCUGAGUUUAUAGAACAAUGCAGUAAAGUAAUAAUGCAAAGUGCGGGCGUUUCCCUCCUAGCUAGUUAAGAGACUUGGCACUAGCAGCACAGCAGGUCUCUCAUCUCACUACUAGAUGGUAAGGAAGCAGCAGAAGUUCUUCACGCCGCUGAAGGGGACAAAGACCCUGCUGGGGCUAGAGCGAGGUAGGAGGCGUUUUCCAUCCCUGAUUCCUAAUGAUAUGAUAAGGGGCUGCAAUCACAGUCUGGGUUCUCUGACCUCGGCACAGCUGUGCUCACCUCUGGCCGCCUCCGGGGCCCAAGCCCCGUGCCCCGGACGGUAUUUAAAGCCCGGGGAGGAGGCAGGCGCCUAGGCUGGGUGGGAGUACACACAGGUGAGUCCUAGUUGCAGCGGAGGGAGAUGAGCCCGGACCCUGCCUGGGUGAGGCUGCUAACGCCGCUGCUCCUUUGCCCGCAGGUUUGUUCGCGUGCACUUGGCACUGAGCUCGCCGUCGCCUAGGAGGAGGGAGCGCGCCCGGGCGGAGUCAGCUCGCUCAUCCCGCGGAGAAGGCGGGGCGGCCGCCCCAGCAUGAGCAGCACGCAGGCGCGGGGCCAGGGGGCUCGCAGCAGAGGCUGGAGCAGCAGUAGCGGUGGCGGCAGCAGCCCGCGGAGCCAGACUCUCCAGUUUCGGCGGCUAGAGCAGCAGCAGCAGCCCGCGGGCCGCGGCGAGGCGGAGCAGCAGGCAGACAUGCCGGUGACCGAGAAGGACUUGGCGGAGGACGCGCCCUGGAAGCGGAUCCAGCAGAACACGUUCACCCGCUGGUGCAACGAGCACCUCCGCUGCGUGAACAAGCGCAUCGGCAACCUGCAGAGCGACCUGAGCGACGGGCUGCGGCUCAUCGCGCUGCUGGAGGUGCUGAGCCAGAAGCGCAUGUACCGCAAGUACCACCAGCGCCCCACCUUCCGCCAGAUGCAGCUGGAGAACGUCUCGGUGGCGCUCGAGUUCCUGGAGCGGGAGAGCAUCAAGCUGGUCUCCAUCGAUAGCAAAGCAAUUGUUGAUGGGAACUUAAAACUGAUCCUUGGCCUAGUAUGGACCCUUAUCCUCCAUUAUUCUAUCUCCAUGCCAGUAUGGGAGGAUGAAGGAGAUGAUGAUGCCAAGAAACAGACCCCUAAGCAGAGACUUUUGGGAUGGAUUCAGAACAAAAUUCCUUACUUGCCAAUCACAAACUUCAAUCAAAACUGGCAGGAUGGCAAAGCAUUGGGUGCCCUAGUUGAUAGCUGUGCGCCAGGUCUCUGCCCUGACUGGGAGACCUGGGACCCUAAGAAACCAGUUGACAAUGCUCGUGAAGCCAUGCAGCAAGCUGAUGACUGGCUGGGUGUGCCACAGGUGAUUACUCCUGAAGAAAUUAUUCACCCUAGUGUGGAUGAACACUCGGUAAUGACUUACCUGUCACAGUUUCCCAAAGCCAAGCUUAAGCCAGGAGCUCCUCUGAAACCCAAGCUGAAUCCAAAGAAAGCAAGAGCCUAUGGCAGAGGAGUUGAGCCUCAUGGAAACAUGGUGAAGCAACCUGCCAUCUUUACAGUAGAUACUAUCAGUGCUGGGCAGGGAGAUGUAAUGGUCUUCAUAGAAGAUCCAGCGGGGAACAGAGAAGAGGCAAAAGUGACACCUGACAAUGAGAAGAACAAAACCUACUCUGUACAGUAUGUGCCAAAAGUUACUGGACCUCACAAGGUUACAGUUUUAUUUGCUGGACAGCAUAUUUCCAAGAGUCCAUUUGAUGUAAAUGUUGACAAAGCCCAGGGCGAUGCUAGCAAAGUAACAGCAAAAGGACCAGGCUUGGAGGCAACCGGAAACAUUGCCAAUAAACCUACCUAUUUUGAAAUUUACACAGCAGGUGCUGGUGUGGGUGACGUUAAUGUGGAAGUGGAGGAUCCUCAAGGAAAGAAUAUAGUGGAGCUUAUGAUAGAAGACAAAGGGAGCCAAGUCUACCGUUGCACCUACAAACCUACUCAAGCUGGGCCUCAUACUGUCAAAGUGACAUUUGCUGGAGAGACUAUUCCAAAAAGUCCUUGCAUUGUUCCUGUUGGAGAAGCAUGCAGUCCAAGUGCUUGUCGUGCCAGUGGUAGAGGCCUGCAACCUAAAGGAGUCCGGAUCAGAGAAACUGCAGACUUCAAGGUUGACACCAAAGCAGCUGGGAGUGGGGAUAUCAAUGUGUCCAUAAAAGGACCAAAGGGCUUGGAUGAGCUUGUGAAACAAAAGGACACUGUGGAUGGUGUAUACGCAUUUGAAUACUACCCAGUUAGCCCAGGAAAAUACAUUGUCACUAUUUCAUGGGGCGGACACAAUAUCCCCAAGAGCCCCUUUGAAGUUCAAGUAGGACCUGAAGCAGGUCCUCAGAAAGUGAGAGCUUGGGGACCAGGACUUCAUGAAGGGAUUGCUGGUAAAUCUGCUGACUUCGUUGUAGAAUCCAUUGGCACAGAAGUUGGCUCUCUUGGCUUUGCCAUUGAAGGCCCAUCUCAAGCAAAAAUAGAAUGUGAUGAUCAGAAUGAUGGCUCGUGUGAUGUGAAGUAUUGGCCCAAAGAACCUGGUGAAUAUGCUGUUCACAUUAUGUGUGAUGAUGAAGACAUAAAAGACAGUCCAUACAUGGCUUUCAUCCGACCAGCUUCUGGAGACUUCAACCCAGAUAAGGUAAAGGCUUAUGGUCCAGGAUUGGAGAGAACUGGCUGCAUUGUAAACAACCCUGCUGAUUUUACAGUUGAGACCAAGGAAGCUGGGAAUGCACCUUUGAAAAUAUAUGCACAGGAUGCAGAAGGAAGCCCUAUUGAUAUCCAUGUGAAGAGCAAUCCUGAUGGAAUCUGUGCUUGUUCUUAUAUGCCAGUUAAACCAAUUAAACAUACUAUUGCUGUUGUCUGGGGAGGAGUUAAUGUACCCAAUAGUCCAUAUAGGGUUCUCAUAGGACAAGGCAGUCAUCCUCAGAAAGUGAAAGUAGUUGGACCUGGGGUGGAGCGAGCUGGUCUGAAAGCUAAUGAGCCUACUCACUUCACAGUUGACUGCACAGAAGCAGGAGAAGGUGAUGUCAGUGUUGGCAUUAAAUGUGAUGCUCAUGUUAUAAGUGAGGAAGAGGAAGACAUAGCUUUUGACAUCAUACACAAUGCUAAUGAUACAUUUACAGUGAAAUAUGCACCACCUGCUGCUGGGCGUUACACUAUCAAAGUGCUUUUUGCAGGAGAGGAAAUUCCUGCCAGCCCUUUCAGAGUUAAAGUGGACCCAUCACAUGAUGCCACCAAGGUGAAAGCUGAAGGACCUGGACUAAGCAAAACUGGUGUGGAAAAUGGCAAACCAACACACUUCACUGUAUUCACUAAGGGUGCUGGGAAAGCACCACUGGAUGUGCAGUUCAGUGGACCUGUGCCAGGAGAUGCUGUGAAAGACUUGGAUAUUAUUGACAACUAUGACUAUUCCCAUACUGUUAAAUACACUCCAGUACAGCAGGGUCCCAUGAAAGUUUCUGUAACCUAUGGUGGUGAUCCUGUUCCCAAAAGCCCUUUCACUGUGGGGGUUGCUGCUCCCCUGGAUCUCAGCAAAAUUAAAGUCAAUGGACUUGAAAACCGAGUGGAAGUAGGGAAGGAUCAGGAAUUCAUAAUUGACACACAAGGAGCUGGUGGACAGGGUAAACUGGAUGUUAGUAUUUCCAGCCCUACAAGGAAAGCUGUGCCAUGUGUGGUGGAGCCAGCUCUUGGCAAAGAGUGCAGCACUGCAAAGUAUAUCCCAAGAGAAGAAGGACUUUAUGUGGUUGAUGUAAGUUACGAUGGCAAUCCAAUUCCAGGAAGUCCUUAUACUGUGGAAGCCACUCUCCCUCCAGAUCCUACCAAGGUAAAAGCCCAUGGUCCAGGCCUUCAAGGAGGUCUUGUUGGAAGACCAGCAGAAUUUACAAUAGAUACCAAAGGAGCAGGAACUGGAGGCUUAGGUUUGACAGUAGAGGGCCCAUGUGAAGCUAAAAUUGAAUGCUCUGACAAUGGUGAUGGGACGUGCUCAGUUUCUUAUCUGCCUACUAAACCUGGAGAGUACUUUGUAAAUAUUCUGUUUGAAGAGGUUCACAUUCCUGGUUCUCCAUUUAAAGCAGAUAUUGAAAUGCCAUUUGAUGUAUCUAAAGUGAUUGCCACUGGCCCAGGUCUUGAACAUGGUAAAGUGGGUGAAGCAGGAUUGCUCAAUGUUGACUGUUCAGAAGCUGGACCGGGGGAUCUAGAUGUAGAAGCUGUAUCAGAUUCUGGCUCUAAAGCUGAAGUCAAAGUUCACAAUAACAAAGAUGGAACUUAUGCAGUUACAUAUAUGCCACUCUCUGCUGGAAUGUAUACACUUGUGUUGAAAUAUGGAGGAGAGCAAGUGCCAAAAUUUCCUGCCCGUGUCAAAGUAGAUCCAGCUGUGGACACAAGCAAAAUUAAAGUGUUUGGACCAGGAAUAGAAGGGAAAGAUGUCUUCCGUGAAGCUACAACAGAUUUCACUGUAAAUGCCCAGCCCCUAACAAAGACUGGAGGAGACCAUAUCCAAGCACAAAUCACAAAUCCCUCAGGAGCUUCCACAGACUGCCUCAUCAAAGACAAUGCUGAUGGAACAUAUGCAGUAGAGUUUACACCAUUUGAAAAAGGUCCACACACAGUUGAAGUGACUUAUGAUGAUGUACCUGUUCCAAACAGUCCUUUUAAAGUGGAUGUUACUGAAGGCUGCCAUCCAUCACGUGUAAAAGCCCAAGGAGCUGGACUCAAGGAAGCAUUCACUAAUAAACCAAAUGAAUUUACUGUUGUCACAAGAGGGGCAGGAAUUGGUGGACUUGGAAUAACUGUUGAAGGACCUUCUGAAUCAAAGAUAAGCUGUAAAGAUAACAAAGAUGGCAGUUGCAGUGCUGAAUAUAUCCCUUAUACUCCAGGAGAUUAUGAUGUCAACAUCACAUAUGGGGGAGAACACAUACCUGGCAGUCCAUUUAAAGUUCCUGUAAAAGAUGUUGUUGACCCAUACAAGGUAAAGGUUGCAGGUACAGGUCUUGGAACAGCAGUUCGAGCCAAAAUCCCACAGUCCUUUACUGUGGACACCAGUAAGGCUGGAAUAGCACCUCUUGAAGUUAUGGUGGCAGGACCCAGAGCUGAUGAAACGGAUUCCCAGUCAUGGCGCAGUCCAUUGAAAGCGAUUUCAGAGUUCUUUAAAGGUGACCCAAAGGGGGAAGCUAACGAGACAGGAAUGGUGGAGCCUGUUAAUGUAGUUGACAACGGAGAUGGCACUCACACAGUAACAUACACACCUAUGCAGGAGGGCCCAUACGCAAUCUCAGUCAAAUAUGGAGAUGAAGAGAUUCCUCGCAGUCCUUUCAAGGUAAAAGUGCUUCCUACGUAUGAUGCCAGUAAAGUGACUGCAAGUGGACCAGGUCUCAGCUCCUAUGGAGUUCCAGCCAGUUUACCUGUGGAAUUUGCUGUUGAUGCUAAAGAUGCAGGAGAGGGGCUUCUGUCCAUCCAGAUAACGGACCAAGAAGGCAAACCAAAGAGAGCUGAUGUUCAUGACAACAAGGAUGGCACUUAUGCUGUAACGUAUGUCCCAGACAAGACAGGCCGUUAUAUGAUUGGUGUUAAAUAUGGUGGGGAUGACAUCCCAUCUUCUCCUUACCGAAUCCGUGCGUCGCCAGCAGGGGAUGCAAGCAAGUGUUUGGCCACAGGGCCUGGAAUUGCAUCCACUGUGAAGACUGGUGAGGAAGUUGGGUUUGUAGUAGAUGCUAAAUCUGCAGGGAAAGGUAAAGUGACAUGCACAGUCCUGACACCAGAGGGUACAGAAGCUGAGGCAGAUGUUAUUGAAAAUGAGGAUGGGACUUAUGACAUCUUCUACACUGCUGCUAAACCAGGAACCUAUGUGAUUUAUGUCCGCUUUGGUGGAGUGGAUAUUCCAAACAGCCCCUUCACUGUAAUGGUCACAGAAGAACCAUACAUUCCUGUUGGUGACAUGAAUGGUGUGGGAUUUAAGCCCUUUGAUCUAGUUAUUCCUUGGGCUGUAAGGAAGGGAGAAAUAACAGGUGAAGUUCAUAUGCCCUCGGGAAAAACUGCUACACCAGAGAUUGUGGAUAACAAAGAUGGUACAGUAACAGUUGGAUAUUCUCCUACUGAGGUUGGGCUGCAUGAAAUGCACAUCAAAUACAUUGGAAACCAUAUUCCAGAGAGCCCACUACAGUUCUAUGUAAACUAUCCGAACAGUGGAAACGUGUCUGCCUAUGGACCUGGUCUCAUUUAUGGUAUAGCAAACAAACCAGCGACUUUUACCAUUGUCACAGAAGAUGCUGGAGAGGGUGGACUGGACUUGGCUAUUGAAGGACCUUCAAAAGCAGAAAUUAGCUGCAUUGAUAACAAAGAUGGCACUUGCACAGUCACUUACCUGCCAACCCUACCUGGAGAUUACAGCAUACUGGUGAAGUACAAUGACAAACACAUCCCAGGCAGCCCAUUCACUGCCAAGAUCACAGAUGAUGGCAGAAGAAGAUCCCAAGUUAAGCUUGGUUCUGCUGCUGACUUCUUGCUGGACAUUAACGAGUCUGAUCUCAGCCUCUUAACAGCCAGUAUUAGAGCCCCGUCUGGUCGUGACGAGCCUUGUCUUUUGAAACGAUUACCCAAUAACCACAUUGGUAUCUCAUUCAUUCCACGAGAAGUAGGCGAACACCUUGUCAGCAUUAAGAAAAAUGGAAGUCAUGUGCCAAACAGCCCUGUAUCUAUCAUGGUGGUUCAGUCAGAGAUUGGCGAUGCCAGCAGAGCAAAAGUUUCAGGCCGCGGCUUGAUAGAAGGACGCACGUUUGAAAUGUGUGAUUUCAUUGUAGAUACAAGAGAUGCAGGUUAUGGUGGGAUCUCACUGGCGGUUGAAGGACCUAGUAAGGUGGAUAUUCAAACAGAAGACCUAGAAGAUGGAACCUGUCAAGUAUCCUAUUUUCCAACUGUACCUGGUGUGUACAUAGUGUCCACUAAAUUUGCAGAUGAGCAUGUUCCAGGUAGUCCAUUUACUGUGAAAAUAAGUGGUGAAGGAAGAGUGAAGGAGAGUAUCACACGUGCAAGAGGAACUCCCUCUGUUGCAACAGUUGGAAGCAUGUGUGACCUUAACUUGAAAAUUCCAGAAAUUGAUAGUGGUGAUAUGACAGCCCAGGUAACUAGCCCCUCUGGAAGAACGGCCGAUGCAGAAAUAAAUGAAGUUGGAAAAAACACAUAUUGUGUCCGCUUUGUGCCACAAGAAAUGGGGGUCCAUACUGUGAAUGUCAAAUACAGAGGACAGCAUGUCCCAGGCAGUCCUUUCCAAUUCACUGUUGGGCCACUUGGUGAAGGGGGAGCUAAUAAAGUAAGAGCUGGAGGUCCAGGACUUGAGAGGGCAGAAGCCGGCAUCCCAGCUGAAUUCAGUAUAUGGACAAGAGAAGCUGGAGCUGGAGGACUUUCUAUUGCAGUUGAAGGCCCAAGUAAAGCAGAAAUUGCCUUCGAAGACCAUAAAGAUGGCUCUUGUGGUGUAUCCUACAUUGCUCAGGAUCCUGGUAACUAUGAGGUGUCCAUAAAGUUCAACGAUGAGCAUAUUCCAGAAAGCCCCUACCUAGUUCCUGUCAUCGAACCUUCAGAUGAUGCUCGUAGACUCACUGUUACUAGCCUUCAGGAAUCUGGAUUAAAAGUUAACCAGCCAGCAUCUUUUGCUAUAAGGCUUAAUGGAGCUAAGGGCAAGAUAGAUGCUAAAGUUCAUAGCCCCUCUGGAGCUGUGGAAGAAUGUCAUGUUUCUGAACUGGAGCCUGAUAAGUAUGCUGUUCGUUUCAUCCCACAUGAAAAUGGUAUUCACUCCAUUGAUGUGAAGUUUAAUGGAAGCCAUGUGGUAGGCAGCCCAUUUAAAGUCAGAGUCGGGGAACCAGGACAGGCAGGCAAUCCAGCACUUGUUACUGCAUAUGGAGCUGGCCUAGAGAGUGGUAUCACAGGAUUGCAAUCUGAGUUUCACAUAAACACAACCAAAGCUGGUCCAGGAACGCUCUCUGUUACAAUUGAAGGGCCCUCAAAGGUGAAAAUGGACUGCCAGGAAACUCCUGAGGGUUAUGAUGUCAUGUAUACACCUAUGGCUCCAGGAAACUAUCUAAUUGGAAUUAAAUAUGGUGGACCUAACCAUAUAGUGGGCAGCCCUUUCAAGGCGAAAGUCACAGGCCAGCGACUGGUUAGCCCAGGCAGUGCAAAUGAAACUAGCUCAAUCAUGGUGGAAUCGGUGACUAGGUCAUCAACAGAAACUUGCUACAGUGCCAUUCCCAAGUCUACAUCUGAUGCCAGCAGAGUGACUUCCAGAGGUGCAGGACUCUCAAAGGCUUAUGUGGGUCAAAAAAGCAGCUUUACUGUGGACUGCAGCAAAGCAGGUUCAAAUAUGCUGUUAGUUGGUGUCCAUGGACCCACAACACCAUGCGAAGAAGUUUCUGUGAAACACUUGGGAAACCACCAAUACAAUGUAACGUAUGUGGUCAAAGAGAAGGGUGACUAUAUUCUGGCAGUGAAGUGGGGCGAAGCGCACAUUCCUGGAAGUCCAUUCCAUGUCACUGUUCCUUAAGUUCUUCUAGGAUCUAAUCUUUGCAUCUGCAAUUCAGUUUUAUAAAAAUACUGUUUGCAGUUCUGUUGUAAAAUACAGUAGUAUCUAGAUACGUGCAACUCACAUUUCAAUACAUCCAAAAGUAAAUUCUAUAACUGUUUUUAGAAGUGUUGCAACUUUUUACCUAAAUAUAAUACUAUGUAAUGUAAAUCUAUUUAAUAUCCUUUUUAAAAUUGUAACUUUAGUACUGUCAGUGGGUAACUAUCAACAUUGAGAAUUGUGGAUAACUAAGACACUAAUUUCCUUUGUGGAUGUUAAAGACUUGAGAUAUUGAAAACUGGAAUUUGUAUUUUGUAAUUGGGUAUCUUAAACUACUGAUUUGUUUUUUGACUGGAGACUUUACAUUUAGUUGUGGAAUGUGACUUGGGCUGUCCCCAGUUCAAAUUCUUUUCUGUAAAGAAGUGAGGUAAAACUGGUACUAAAUAUGUGCCUUUGUAUACUUGACCAAUUUGCAUACUUAACAUUAUGAAAAGCUAUUAAAGUGGCACUACCACUCAACAUGAGAAUAUUUUACCAAUGCUUUGCUGAUUGUUUACACUUAAGAGAAAUUGCUUAAUUUUGCUAUAGCAAACUUUACGCUGCCAGGAAGCAACUUUCAGUCUGCUUUCAGCCCUUCUGCAUUUAAUGCCUUGAAAACUAUAUUGUUAGCUUUUUUUCCCAUGAUGCUUGUAAUGGUGGCUUUAAUUAGCUUGGGCUUCUAGUGAAACUUACUAUAGAAGCUUGCUCCACAGAUUGCCAGUGUGUGAUCAAUCAUUACUUUGGUCACAACUUCCCAAAAGUCUUUGCUUCUAACCACAAACUCCAGUCAGUUGGUUUAAAUCCUUUAAAUCAAGUUAUCCAAGCCAGGUGUGACUCCAUACAGCUCAGAAGCCUCUCAUAAAAGGAAAAGAUCAAAAGGUUAGCAUCACAUUUGGGGUAUUCAUCUGCUCCAAACUUAACUUUAACUUUGAAAACUAGCUCUACACAGUAGCAUGUCUGAAAUUAUCAAUGAAUAACAGUGCUCUGAAUCCCCAAGGCAACCAUAGUAGGCACAAGAUCCUAAUCCUUUUAUGAGAACUGCAGUCCAAAGACUUCAGUAAAGCACCUUCAUUUCCUGAAAUCGCUUUCAUGCUGCAAACUUUCUAAAAUGCACAAGGGCUCAUCCAUCCUUAUGAGUAAGGAAUGAACACUUAGUUCUAACUUUCAUGAUAGUGAAGUUUUCCUCCAUAACAAAUGCUGAACUGAAGUUUACUGCCAACUGCUGUGGUCUGAGCACAAUUUUUGGCUAAAUAGCUUUAACUUUGUAUGAUGAGGAAGGAUUUGUUGGAAAUAUGUUGAUGCUUCCCUCCUAGUGAGAGGUUCCCACAUAUAGCUAUUUUGUAGGAGUUGUAUGUCGAUGCACUACUUUUGAGCACAGUUUAUUGGGGAAAUUGAGUAAUUUUUUUACUGUGCUUUGUGCCUUAAUGUGAAAUGCUUACUACAUUGUAAACUAGGGCGUAAAAACAAAUAAAACUGGAAUAAAAUGCAAGAUUGUAAAAUUGUAUCUUAACUUAUUAAAACAAUGUUGCCUUCAUUAAAAUGUGCAUGUUAAAAACCA